AACAAGGGCUUCCCAUUUUGGUGUCAAAAUAGAAUUCCCCAAAACUAUUUCACCAUUGCACUUCCGUAUGUAACUGCAGUCACAACUAUGUUGUGUGUAGCAAAAUUCAGCCUUUAAUUUAGCCACUAAGCUCAUUUGUCAGGGAGCUUUCUGUUCGUGACAAUGGAGACCAAUUUCUAUGAACAAUACCUCAAAUCCCAGCCCCCAUGGCUUCUUCUUCUCCUCGCUAUCGGCUUCUUCAAACUUUUCGCCACUUCUGCAACUAUUCUCAACUGGGUCCGGGUCAAUUUCCUCCGACCCGCCAAAGAUCUCAAGAAAUACGGUUCAUGGGCUCUGGUCACGGGCCCCACCGACGGCAUCGGAAAGGCCAUCGCCUUCCGCCUGGCCGACAAGGGGCUCAAUUUGGUCCUGGUGGGCCGGAACCCGGAGAAGCUGAGAGGGGUUUCCGAUUGGAUCCGGGCCGAAUUCGGACGGACCCAGAUUAAGACGGUGGUGGUGGACUUCGCCGGCGAUUUGGACGACGGGGUUCGCCGGAUCCGGGCGGCAAUCGAGGGGCUGGACGUGGGGGUGUUGGUCAACAACGUCGGCGUUUGUUAUCCGUACCCGAAAUUCUUCCACGAGGUAGAUGAGAAGCUUAUGGCGGAGCUGAUUCGGGUGAACGUGGAAGGGACAACGAAGGUGACCCAGGCGGUGGUUCCCGGGAUGCUACGGCGGAAGACUGGCGCCAUAGUCAACAUCGGCUCCGGCACCGCCCUUGUUAUCCCCUCUGCUCCGCUUCAUGCUGUUUAUGCAGCCACUAAAGCAUACAUAGACCAAUUCACACGGUGCCUUUAUGUGGAGUACAAGAGACACGGGAUUGAUGUUCAAUGUCAGGUGCCCUUGUAUGUGGCGACGAAGAUGAUAUCGAUGAGAAAAUCGUCGUUCCUCAUUCCAUCCCCAGAUGGUUACGCUAAGGCGGCGUUGCGUUGGAUAGGGUACGACGGGAACUGCACCCCGUACUGGCCCCACACGCUUCAGUUGGCUUUCAUCCAUUGCUUGCCCGACUCUUUUGUGGAUGCUUGGCGCUUCAAUGCCAUGCUCCAGUAUCGGAAGAGAGCUCAGCUCAAAGAAUCCCUUAAGAAGAGAGAUUCUUAAUUGACACCCCACACACACAUACAUCUCAAAAGAUGUAAUAUAUAUUUGUGCGCAAU